AUGAACACUGUGGAUGAUAGCAAACCGUUUCUGGAUGACGAAAAACUGGUGGAUUUUUGCUGGAGAGAAGCAUUCGUUUUGGAUAAAUGGUUGGUUGGUAAGAAAUCCUCAGAUUCGGCGUGUUAUUCGGAAAAAUGGCGACAACAGUUUUCGAUGCGACCAACAUGGUGCGAUGCCGAUAUGGCUCUACAACAAAUUGUUCGGGGUGUAGCGACGGGUAAUCGAAUGGCGCUCUAUGCACGAUCCUUUUUUCAAUCAUUACUUUUUACAUUGGGUUCAUUUGUACAGAAUUGGGCUUGGUCCGUUGUUGUUCUUGGCCUUGCUGCAUAUUUGAUAUGCUCAUUUGGCCUGCAAUAUGUUCACAUCGAAACCGAUCUGAUGAAAUUAUGGGUCUCACGUAUUGUAGGUCAAAUCAUUGGCAAAGGUGGACGUUUGGAUGAGGAGCUGCAUUUUCUGUCACGAGUGCAGCACGAUGUUCAGUAUGCACUAGCUCGUUCAAAACGACUAACCAAUGGAACUAAUACAAGCAGCAGCAAUGAGGCUUCAGUGGCUAUUCAGCCGAUGAAUGAUUUACGGGAUGAUGAGGUUGAAACACCUCGAGAAAAUGCUUUUGGCAAUGGAUUUCAGGAGUAUUUAGUUUCGUUUUUUUUUUCCAGGAAUUGGACUUUAUCAGAUAUAUGCUUUAAACCACCUUCACCACAAUUACCUCAAGGACCGUUGACAUCAUUAUUGACAAAAUUGCUGGAACGAUUAAUACCGUGCAUUUGGAUUACACCCAUUGAUUGUUUCUGGGAAGGAUCGAAGCCACUUGGACCAUCACCACCGCUCAAUUUUGGGCCAGAUGCACAAGCAUUCAUAAGUUCACUUCCAAAAGGCAAUAUAACAUGGAGAAAUCUGGAUCCAUCAGCAGUACUGAAGGAAGUGGGAACACUUUUCGAUCUCGGCACUAUUUUCAAUAUUUUUGAACGGGCAGGUAUUGGAUCAGCUUAUUUGGAUCGCUGGUGCAUCGAUCCGCUGGAUCCGGAAUGUCCAGUUACAGCACCGAAUGGUUUCGAUCGUUGUGCUGCUUUGAAGAAAUUUCAAAGUUGGAAUUUAUCAAUGCCAGAGAAUGAACGGAUAAAGCUGGAAGCGGAAGAUGUACCACUUACGGAACACGGAAUACAGGAUGCAACCGCUCAAAUCAUUGAAAAUAUAUUUGGUAAGAGACAAAAAAAAUUUUUGUAUUCUAAAGAAAAGAAUGUGGACGAAGUAAUGUGUAAUCGCUAUGGUAAAGGCUUGUUGAAGUGGAUGAAAAACAACGAGAACAGAUGGAGUGAAUUUCUCACCGAGGUAUAUUUUUGCACCUGUCUAUUCGCAGACGAAAAUUCACAAGACUCAAAGUUGAAAUUUUUAUCAUUUUUGAUUACGCCGUAA